AUGCGCGUCGCAACAGUCGCUAAUCUCUUGGCCUCAGCCUCUUUGGCAAUUGCCUUUGAUUGGCAACAGGUUCUUGGAACAUCUGACAACCGCGCGCCUUCUGCUGUCUCCACCGACUCCGACGCUCCCUCAUACCGAUCCGAGCUAUUGAGCUUGCACAAGUCUCUUAUCGAGACCUCUUCGGUUUCUGGAACUGAGCACGAUGUUGGCGUCUGGCUUGAGUCUUAUCUCGAGAAGAAAGGGUAUACCACUGCGCGUCAGGAGCUUGAGCCGUUCGAGAACACCCCCGACGGAAAGCCGCGGUUUAACGUCCUGGCAUGGCGACAAGACGGAAAGAAGACUUUCGAUCCCAAGAUUGCUGUGAGCAGCCACAUUGAUGUUGUUCCACCGCACAUCCCCUACGGAAUCGAUGAUGGUGAGGUCACCAAGGAGACCAUGAUCACUGGCCGAGGAAGCGUGGAUGCCAAGGGCAGUGUUGCCGCUCAGAUCACCGCCGUUGAGCACCUCGUCGAGCACGACAAGAUCGACCCCCACAAGGUUCUUCUUUUAUUCGUUGUUGGAGAGGAGGUCAAGGGUGAUGGUAUGCGCCGUUUCAGCACUGCUCUCGAGAAGAAGGAGCUUCCAUACAACCUCGACGCCGUCAUUUUUGGCGAACCCACCGAGCUCAAGCUUGCCUGCGGACACAAGGGCAUGCUGGGCUGCGAUGUUACCACAAAGGGCUUCCCAGGCCACAGCGGUUACCCAUGGCUGGGCAAGUCGGCCAACGAGCUCAUGAUCCGAGCAUUCGCCAAGAUUUUCGAAACAGAUCUCGGUAGUAGUGACCUCUUUGGCAACACCACUGUCAAUGUUGGUCGAUUCAAUGGUGGAGUGGCGGCAAAUGUCAUUCCUGAAGAGGCCAAGGUCGGGUUGGCUGUGCGUGUCGCCAGUGGAAAGCAGGACGAUGGACAUAUCGCUGUUCAUGACAAGAUCCAGGCCAUCUUUGACGAGGUCGACAAGGACGCCUUCAUUUUCGACUGCACCCACGGUUAUGGCCCUGUUGAAGCCAACUGCGACGUCGAUGGUUUCGAGAAAAUCACCGUCAACUAUGGAACUGACAUUCCCAACCUCAAGGGCGACCACACAAGAUACCUGUACGGUCCUGGAAACAUUCUUGUAGCACACGGAGCGCGGGAAAAUCUGACUGUGGCCGAUCUCGAGACAGCUGUCGAGGGAUACCAGAAACUGAUUCUUCAUGCGUUGGAGCAAUAG